AUGGCGGGCGGAGGCGGUGGCGGCAACACGCGCGAGCUCGACCAAACGCCGACAUGGGCCGUCGCGUCGGUGUGCGGCGUGAUCGUGCUCAUCUCCAUCCUGCUGGAGAAGGGGCUCCACCACAUCGGCGAGUUCUUCUCGCACCGCAAGAAGAAGGCCAUGGUGGAGGCCCUGGAGAAGGUGAAGGCGGAGCUCAUGGUGCUAGGCUUCAUCUCCCUCCUCCUCGUCUUCGGCCAGAACUACAUCAUCAAGAUCUGCAUCACCGAGGAGGCCGCCGACACCAUGCUCCCCUGCAAGCUCAAGGCGGCCACCUACGACGCCGAGACCGGCAAGGACCACAGCAAAGGCCCCAAGGCCGUCCCCGACGCCAAGAAGGGCGCCGAGCACCUCGGGGGCGUCCUCGGCCGACCGCAGGCGCCCUACUACGCCGCCGCCGCCUUCAGCCCCCACCCACACAGGCUCCUCGCCGAGGCCAAUAUGAAAGCCAAAUGCCACGAGGGAAAGGUGUCGCUCAUCUCCAUCAACGCCCUGCACCAGCUGCACAUCUUCAUCUUCUUCCUGGCCGUGUUCCACGUCAUGUACAGUGCCAUCACAAUGGCACUCGGCAGGGCCAAGAUACGUGGAUGGAAGGAGUGGGAGAAGGAAGCGGCGGGACAAGAUGACGAGUUCUCCAAUGACCCAACGCGGUUCAGGUUCACUCACGAGACGUCGUUCGUGAGGCAGCACAUGAAUGUCCUCAACAAGACUCCAGCAUCCUUCUACAUCAGCAACUUCUUCAGGCAGUUCUUCAGAUCCGUCAGGAAGGCUGACUACUGCGCGCUGCGCCACAGUUUUGUCAACGUCCAUUUGGCCCCUGGCAGCAAGUUUGAUUUCCAGAAAUACAUCAAACGGUCUCUUGAGGACGACUUCAAAGUGAUUGUCGGGAUCAGCCCUCCCCUGUGGGCUUCUGCUCUGACCUUCCUGUUUCUGAAUGUCUAUGGAUGGCACACCAUGCUCUGGAUAUCGAUCAUGCCGGUGGUGAUCAUCCUGUCCGUGGGGACGAAGCUGCAGGGGAUCAUCUGCCGGAUGGCGAUCGACAUCACGGAGCGGCACGCCGUGAUCCAGGGCAUCCCGCUGGUGCAAGUCAGCGACCAGUACUUCUGGUUCGCCCGCCCAACCUUCGUGCUCUUCCUCAUCCACUUCACACUCUUCCAGAAUGGUUUCCAGAUCAUCUACUUCCUCUGGAUUCUGUAUGAGUACGGGCUGGACUCUUGCUUCAACGAGUCCAACCAGUUCGUCUUUGCACGCCUCUGCCUUGGAGUGGUGGUUCAGUUCUUGUGCAGCUACGUCACGCUCCCACUCUACGCGCUCGUCUCCCAGAUGGGCUCCACGAUGAAGCAGUCCAUCUUCGACGACCAGACGUCCAAGGCGCUCAAGAACUGGCGCGCCGGCGUCAAGAAGAAGGCCCCCAACUCCAACUCCAAGCACGGCGGCCAUGGCUCCCCCACCGCCGGCAGCCCCACAAGGGCCGCCGCCGACUCGGGCAUCGCCCUCACGUAGAUCGACAAAGCACGUACAGCCAA